GAACAGUUUCGCUGAGGAGAGGUGGAGGACGCUGGGUGUCUGCCGGUGCCGGGAGCUUCAUUUAAGAACAGAAAUCAGUCUCUAUUAGAAGUUUGAAAAGCUUAGUGACUUUCUGCUACUCAAAACAUGACGCUUCCAUUCCGAAAAGAUUUGGACAAGUACAAGGAUCUUGAUGAGGAUGAAAUUCUUGACAAGCUAUCAGAAGAAGAACUGAAACAACUGGAAACGGUUCUGGAUGACCUUGACCCUGAGAAUGCACUUUUGCCAGCAGGCUUCCGACAGAAAGACCAGACUACUAAAAAGGCCUCAGGCGCUUUUGACAGAGAGGGACUCCUUGCUUAUUUGGAGAAGGAAGCACUGGAACAGGAAGACAGGGAGGAAUUUGUUCCUUUUACAGGGGAAAAGAAAGGGAAAAUAUUUAUCCCCAAGCAGAAGCCUGUACAGUCUUUCAUGGAAGAAAAAGUGUUUCUUGAUCCAGAACUGGAGGAAGCUUUGACAAGUGCCACAGAUACAGAACUGUGUGACCUUGCAGCUAUCCUGGGAAUGCACAACUUGAUAACAAACACUCAGUUCUGUGACAUAGUAGGAAGUAGUAAUGGUGUCAGCAAUGAAAGCUUCACAGACAUAGUAAAAGGUGAAAGAACGAUACCAUUUUUAGAUGAACCACCAAAUCCCACACAUGUAGAGGAGAGUUUGCAAAGGAUUAAAGAUAAUGACUCUCGUCUUGUGGAAGUUAAUUUGAACAAUAUAAAGAACAUCCCAAUUCCAACAUUGAAAGAAUUUGCUAAGGCUUUGGAAACCAAUACCCAUGUGAAGAGUUUCAGCCUUGCAGCCACUCGAAGCAAUGACCCUGUUGCUGUUGCUUUUGCAGAUAUGCUGAGAGUGAACAAAAAAUUGAAAAGUCUAAAUAUAGAAUCAAAUUUCAUCACUGGGGUUGGCAUUAUGGCACUGAUUGAUGCAUUAAAAGAGAAUGAAACCCUGGCAGAGAUCAGAAUCGAUAACCAGAGGCAGCAGUUGGGAACACCUGUAGAAAUGGAAAUUGCAAAAAUGCUUGAGGAGAACACAAAUAUCCUUAAAUUUGGAUACCAUUUCACACAACAGGGACCGCGAACCAGGGCAGCUGCAGCUAUCACAAAAAAUAAUGAUUUGGUCUGGAGUAUACGAGUAAAAUUUUCUGCAAAAGCCUUUUCAUCUCUCCAGCCCUGAAGCUACAGAGACAGUUCGCAAGAGAAGGGUUGAAGGAGACAACCAGUAAACCUUGCUGCUGCUAGAAUUGCAUUGUGUGGAGAUUUCAAAGGUCCUCAAGGCGCAUCUGCUCAUCAUGGGUGUUGGCAAUCUCAGAUUUCAUUUACUUGGGUAGAAGGGAAAAGACUGGAAACCCCAUUCCUUUUUAGUAAAGUUAUAUUUAGAUCUGUGUGGAAUGCAUCACAUAUUUCAAUUUGAGACAUAGUAACUGCACCAGACUUUGCAAGAUCAGUUUUUUGAGAACGUUUUUGUAUUCAAGACUUUAGCUAUACUUUCCACUAAAAUAAUGUAAAUUUUGAAAUCAGUGGAGUAGUUGUCUGUGUUCAAAGGAUGAUACAUGAAGGGAUCAAUGGGCAAACAAUGGAGUAUGUUUCUGAUAGGAAAUCUGGGGAUGGAUAUUUAAAUGGAGGGAUUUGUAUAUUUUUGAGAACAAUGUUUUGAGAAAAGGGAUUCUUCACACAGAACAAUUGGACUCUUAUUUUGUAGCUAUUACUUCAGCCUUCUUGUUCAUAUACACUGAACAUAAAUCUUUCACAGCUGUCACAGUUGCAGUUCUUCCUGUUUAUCUUGAUUGGCUAAUAUGCUUUCUUGAUACUUUGAUAAAGCUCAAAAGUCAUCCCUUUUCUGAUGGAAACGUGAAUUGAAUAAGGGCUGUUUCUGCCCUCCAGUACAUUUGGAGGAGAACUAAUUACAAGACGAGGAUGGGUGUCUUGAAAAAUCAACAUCUGUACUUAACCAAAAAAGCCUCCGAAGUAGCUUACAUUUCUGAAUAUUCUAAAAGACUGUACUUUGUUCUGAUGUGGUUAAACUGGACAUCUUUAGAGUGAUUUAGUAUGUUCAUCAGCAUUGUUUUAGAUUAUAUUCUUGUAUAAAAAUGUAUAUCUAAAUACCUUAAAUGACAUAGGAGUUUUCUAGCAGUAGUGAACAUGCACUCUUUAAGAAAUGCUUGUAGUGUGUAUAGGAAAAGCAGUCUUGUGCAGCUCUGAAAUCAUAUACGUAAUCUUCUUUGGCAGGUUGCAACUGAGAAAUUCUGUUAAACUAAAAAGAGCAGUCAACCAUACUUUCUGUGAAAUAGUGACCACUGUACUAGACGGAUCUUUACCUUCCACUCUGACAAAGGGUCCUCUUGUUCCAUCAUCACAACAUGUUAUGCAGAAACUUAACAAAUGUAGUGUCUAAUCUGCAUUGGGUAGUAGAUUCAUGCUGUUAUUCCAAGCCAUUUAUUUUAAAGAAAAAUAUUUAGAGUUCUGUAGCUAGGAAAACAAAUUAGCGAACAAAAGUCACUUCAGUUUCUGUACAUAACAGCUGUGGACUCUUUUGUAAUAUUGCAAAACUUAGGUUUUAUUUUCAUUGUGCUAUUUUUGUAUUGCACUAUACUUGAUUGCACAGAGUUGACCAUUAGAUCAUAACAUAAGUAAAAGCAUGUUCUAAGGAAUUGGACAGUCUAUUUACAGUGACUUAUAUAAUUCAACUGACUUAACUGUCCAGUAUCCAUAAAAUGAACAUAAAUAUAGUAAGUUUUUUUUAAAAGCCAUAUAUAGGUGAUGUGGAGAAAAAUGAGAUUUUUGCAUCAUGCUGUACGUAAAGUUUUACAAUGUAUAAAUUUUUCUUUAGAAUAAUCCCCUAUUAUUGUGCCCACUUCUGCGCUACCACAAAUCAUGUUUUAGGUCUUUAAAAAAUCCAGACUUCAAUCUUAAAAUGAAUUAAAAUUUUAUGGCAAGUACACAACAACUUUUAAACUAUAGUACCUUCAAUGAAGAUAUAAAUAAUUAGGUUUUACAAGGGUGGAAAGAUGAAUUAUCAUUUCAAAAUUGGAAAUGUUAUGGUUAAAUCUGAAUAAACAUCAGUGUGUUAUGGCCUAAAAGACAUGGAUGUAACCAUGUAAAAAUGAAAGGAAGUUGGAAUGAAUUCUGUUGAAAAACCAAAGAUUUCCUGCACUGCACAUUUUUGAAUGAACAGAAAUAUGAUAUUGUUGGUCAUAAAAAAAGACUUCUUUUGCCUUUGGUUUACAAUAUUUAAAUUUGUUACAUAAUUUAAGCAGACUUUGUUGUGAGAAUGCUAUCCUAAAGUUUAAGUUCUUAUACAUUUGCAUGCAAAUGUAUAUAUUAAAAGCUAAGUGUCUUUUCAAGAGAUGGUGCUAUACCGGUGUGGCCAAAGCAUGGUAUACAUGCAUUAAGGUGUCUGAAUCUAUUUUACGGUGCCUAAUGUUUAAAACACCAAGGAAUCAUUUUGUGUCAAAUAAGCAGGUUGUAAAACCUUCUCUUCCUUCUGUUGUCAAAAGGUUGCAUAUUUAUAAAAUCUAAGUUUUGUCAUGUCUGUUUGAUCAGCCUCUAGGCAAAUUAGCCAGUUACUUUAUAUUUGUAAUUGAAGAUAGAGGAGGGAAAUGAAAGGCAAUGAGGUGGGGGGGAGAAUUGAUAAGGAAAAGCAUUUUUUCUUCUCUACGCUAUUUGUUUGAAUUAUGUCUGGCUCAUCAGUGGCAUAAGUGGAAAUCAGUGGUUGGUUGAAGAUGUGUAGUGGUCAGGAAUCCUGUCACAGUUGAAAGUAAUGGCCAUCUUUGUGCCAGAUCCUUAAUAGCAUAGCCCCAGUGAAGUACAUGUAGUAGCUCUGUUGUGGACGGCUGAGGCUAGACACAUAGUGGCAACCUUAGCAGAGAAAACAGACAGAUUGGACAUGGAGAAUUAACCAUAGAGGCUUGUCCCUUAGGUUUGAGGCACAUUUGGCCUGGCAAUAUGAAGACGCUUUAAUAAUUGCUGCCUGUGAUUUACCUUGUGUGUGGAUAAAUGAAGGAAUCCCGUCUCCAGAGCUGUCAAAUACCAUAAUCAAACUCAGCAAGCAAAGCUGACUUUUUGAUUUACUGGCUUCAAAUAUAUCUUGGGUCUUGGGUAUGAUGAGGUCAUAUUUUAUGGGUGGUAUUACAUUAGCAAUAAAUUACUAUAAAAACCAGGCUGCUUUCCCAAAAGAGGUGGUGAUUAUGUGCUUUUUUUUUUUUUUUAGUCUGUAAUUGAUUCAUGGUUAAUUCACUUUUUUUUUUAAAUAUGCACUAAAUCUGGAAAAUCAAGUAACCACACAUUCUGUUGAUAGUUUUGGGUUCCAUUCUUAAUACACAGAAUCAUAGACUGAAUAUGUUUCCCAAACAUUCUGUAAAUUAUCUACUUACAAUUAUAUUCCAGAGAAAUGUCAUCAUCAUCUCCACAGCUUUUUGUAUGAAUAAUGCUGUUUGUAAGCUAUGAAUUACAGAGUCUGUUAAGUUUAAGUUUCCGUUGAGGAAACAUGAAUUGAGUAUCUUAGCAUAUCAGCACUGUAUGCUGUCAAGCGGUAUUACAUUAAACAUUCUGAAACCUCAAAA